GACCAGCCCAACGCGGGGAACUGGCGCUGUUUAUGGGAAUAAAUCAGAAAUAAACCGAGAAGAAGCUCCAACCCAGGGUCGGAUCGAUUCUCAGCGGCUGGGAGAGCGGUCCUCAUCCAGGCCUGGUGUUCAGAGGAGCCAGUCGUAGAUGUUCUUACUCCAUCUUUAAUUGAAUGGAAUGCAAAUACUCGGCUGUGGUGCCCCAGUGCUCGCCGCGAAUCUAGAUAAUGGGCUGUGUACAAUGUAAGGACAAAGAGGCAACCAAACUGACAGAUGAGAGAGAGACGAGCGUCUCCCAGCACGCCGGGUACCGCUAUGGAGCCAACCCGACGCCCCAACACUACCCCAGCUUUGGGGUCACCGCCAUUCCCAACUACAACAACUUCCACGCGCCUGUCAGUCAGGGGACCGUGGCGGUGUUCGGAGGAGUGAACAGCUCGUCACACUCGGGAACGCUCCGCUCACAUGGUGGAACAGGAGUCACACUCUUUGUAGCACUUUAUGAUUACGAGGCAAGGACAGAGGACGAUCUCAGUUUCAGGAAAGGAGAAAAGUUUCAAAUCCUCAACAGCACGGAAGGAGACUGGUGGGAGGCUCGCUCCCUGACUACAGGUGGAACAGGAUACAUACCCAGCAAUUACGUGGCUCCAGUAGAUUCGAUCCAGGCCGAAGACUGGUACUUUGGGAAGCUCGGACGUAAGGAUGCAGAGAGGCAGCUGCUGUCUAAUGGAAAUCCUCGGGGCACUUUUCUCAUCAGGGAAAGUGAAACCACUAAAGGAGCGUAUUCCUUAUCCAUACAGGACUGGGAUGACGUCAAGGGCGAUCACGUGAAACAUUACAAGAUCCGUAAGCUCGACAACGGAGGCUACUACAUCACCACCCGGGCUCAGUUCGAGACUCUGCAACAGCUCGUCCAUCAUUACUCCGCAAGAGCUGCGGGGCUAUGCUGCCGAUUGAUAGUCCCCUGUCACAAAGGCAUGCCUCGCCUUGCCGAUCUGUCCGUCAAAACCAAAGACGUGUGGGAAAUCCCGCGGGAGUCGCUUCAGCUCAUCAAGCGCUUGGGGAACGGCCAGUUCGGAGAGGUCUGGAUGGGUACUUGGAACGGCACCACGAAAGUGGCGGUGAAGACCUUGAAACCGGGAACCAUGUCUCCCGAGUCGUUCCUGGAGGAAGCUCAGAUCAUGAAAAAGCUGAGACACGACAAACUCGUGCAGCUCUACGCCGUCGUCUCCGAGGAGCCGAUUUACAUCGUGACAGAAUACAUGGGCAAAGGAAGCUUGCUGGACUUUUUGAAGGACGGUGAAGGACGGAGCCUUAAAUUGCCGAACCUCGUAGACAUGGCAGCUCAGGUGGCUGCAGGCAUGGCUUACAUCGAGAGGAUGAACUACAUCCACAGAGACCUGAGAUCGGCCAACAUCCUCGUGGGCGACAGUUUAGUAUGCAAGAUUGCGGACUUUGGCCUGGCCAGGCUGAUAGAGGAUAAUGAAUACACAGCUAGACAAGGUGCCAAGUUCCCGAUUAAAUGGACGGCCCCUGAAGCCGCGCUCUACGGACGGUUCACCAUUAAAUCAGACGUCUGGUCAUUCGGAAUACUGCUGACGGAGCUGGUGACCAAAGGACGCGUGCCAUAUCCAGGGAUGAAUAACCGGGAGGUUUUGGAGCAGGUGGAGCGUGGAUACAGGAUGCCGUGCCCUCAGGACUGCCCCAUCUCUCUGCACGAGCUCAUGGUGCAGUGCUGGAAGCGAGACCCCGAGGAGAGACCGACGUUCGAGUACCUGCAGGCGUUUUUGGAGGACUACUUCACUGCCACGGAGCCCCAGUACCAACCAGGAGACAACCUCUAAACCUUAUUAAAAAACAAACAACCGUUGAAGCGAGUGGAUUUGUGCUUUAAUCCCGCAGAUCAGAACACAACUCCAGUCACUCUGACGUAUCAAUCGACGUACUAUUAGACACUGAGAAAUCACCUGGAUGACCGAAAAAACCUCCGUAGAACUCAAGAGGCAGAGGAAAAACCGCAUCGCUACGACACGCAGCGCCGACCCGAACGACGACCCGAUGCACGUACGAUGAUUAAAGCUUCCAGAUUCAUCGCCAUUUCAAUCCAGUAUUCGACUCAUCUUCCAUUCACAGGACGUGUCACGUUUAAAUGUCUUCACUUAAACCGAACCAGAUUUUGGGGACAUCAUCAUUAAGUUUUUUUUUUUUUUUUGAAAAAGAAAAAGAAUUAAGGAUAGCAGAAGGCCUGUUUGUAUGUAGUGUAAAUAUGGUUGUGUUUACUUAACCCUCAUUUUAGGCUUUUUAUAAUGCUUUUUAUUUUAGGUUUUUUAUUUUUUUUCCUUUUGUUGUUUUUUUUUUUUUGUUCAUUGCUCAGAGAAGAAGCUUGAAUAUUUCGAGAUGACUAAUUUUGCCUCCUUUUAUUAAAACAUCCGGGACUUUCUUGAUUAUUUAUUCCAGUAACGACGUUCCCUCUGUUUAACUUCGAGAACUCCUGCAGCACAUAGCUAGCUUCGAUGACACUAAACAUUGUGACUUUUUCACCUGAAGGUAAACAAUGUGUGUGUGUGUGUGUGUGUGUGUGUGUGUGUGUGUGUGCACGUGUACACACAUACCGGUGGCUCUGCUCAGCUUUAUUAUUUGCACCUGCUUUUUAGAAAAGAAACAAAAAAAAGCUCAGUGUUUCCAUUAUUAUGAUUCUAAUUCUAAUGAUUUUCUUUUUUUGUUGUUAGUGCAUUUUUCUAUUUAGUCACUUUGGAUUAACGAUAGAAGAAUUAUGCAUCGAUAUAGUAAUCAGGCUGUGUGGGCAUUAUGCUUGAUUAUACCUGCAUCUCUCUCUCUCUCUCUCUCUCUAGCGAAGAUGAUCAAAUAAAAUAAACAGCUAACAUCAUUAUUGUUGUAAGAAGCAUAAAAGAAAACCAUUUUUAGUAAAUGCGUUACUAUGUGCUAUGAUUUAACAUAACUAAGUAGAAAGGGGGGAAAAAAAAAAAGCCCCUUUAACGUUUAACAUUAACUCCACUGAGCCUGUCUCUAGCUUCUUCCUGGAUCAUGUCUGGACCACAUGUAACCUCAUCUACAGGGCCAACUCACCUCGUUCGCAUUCCAGCUUUCACUCAAAAUAUCUAGUGAAGGUUCUCCUGUAGAAUAGCUCUCACUAUACGAACAUGGGCUCCGACUCCGACCUCAUGAUUUACACCCAUCUCUCUUUCCUUCUUCUUCUUCUUCUUCUUUUUUUUUAAAAAACCCAUCCAUUUGGAUUAACUCACAGAUACUGUGUUUGUUUAUUUGUUUUUUUUUUUUUAUUUAAUUGUUUUGUUUGAUUUAUGCACAAACAUUUGUAGAAUAAAGACUCAUACCCAAGCCCA